GGCCGGCUGCCUGGGGAGGGCACGGCAGGCGGCGAGGGAACGCGGCGUCCCUGCGCUCCCAGUUCCAUCAUCCUACCUCGGUGGAUGGCUCGAUCUCUUGAAUAGUUCAAGAGUCUUGGAUGAUCACACUUUAUGCAAAAUCAGGAAUCUUCCUGCUUGGACAACUUCUCAUAUUUUAAGGGUUCAUGUUGGGGAGAGGCCUAAAACGCAAGCUGAGUGACUAUGAGGAGAAUGUGGCUGGUCUCUCUAGUGCCUUUGAUUCCAGUCGAAAUCUGCCAUACCCACUUAAGAGGCAGUUGGUGCUCAAUAUGUGCCUCACCAAGCUACAGACUUACAAAAUGCUGGUGGAACCGAACUUGCAUCGUUCUGUCCUCAUAGCCAACACCGUGCGGCAAAUUCAAGAGGAAAUGAGACAAGAGAGUGGACAGCCAAUUAACGUCUGCACUGGCAUUGCUCCUAGUUCUCCCAGCUACGCAGGGAUGGAGUCAUCUGGAAUUUCUCUUCAGUUGCCUUCAGGUAUUAGUCAGCAAGAGUCUAGCUGUUGUGACUUGCGGUCUGCAGAGGACCCAAUUGAAAAUAGUCUCCUGAUAGUUUCAGAUGAUGAUAUGUCAUCUGCUAUUUCAUCUAUUCUGAAGGAUUUAGACUUCGUAGAAGACAUAAGCCCACCUACUUGUCUGGUUCCUAGUGGAGAUGACCAGCCAAAGUUUCCAGAAAAUACUGGUCUAAAASUAGAAGAUGAUAGACAGGAUUUGAAGGGAGCUGAGUGUGUGUUUGGUUCCUUUGAGAUUUCAAAUUCAACUAGUUACUUGAAGGAUUUGGCGAUAGAUGACAUUUUUGAAGAUAUUGAUACUUCAAUGUAUGAUUCAGACUUUUGUUGUCCUCCACUAAUGCCACCCAGACCACCGCCUGUUGCUACAGAAGAACCGUUGAAAACCUUUCCGUCUUGUAAUUCUUCUUCAGCAAGCAACAUUCAGAUAUGUAGAACAGAUUUGAGUGAGUUGGACCACAUAAUGGAAAUUCUUGUUGGAUCCUGAUGCUUGUUUUAUCCAAAGAUACUUUCCCAACUGCCACUUUCAGUUGGUUUAAGGAUAAAAGCCACUGGAAAAGUUGUAAAGAAUUCCUUUAAACCUAAAAAUAAUUUGUCUAUAGGGAAAUCUUCUAAAUAUUUCCAAAACUUAUAAACCAAAAAGUGGCAGAUUUUUUUAAAGAAAUAUUUAUUUAUCAGAACUGUGCAAUCAUCUUUUUCCUUCCAGGGUGUAUGUGGAACAGUAGGCACAUACCCGUAUCACCCCUCAUGCCUCUUUCAAUAAACUUUUUUAUGUGCAAUUUUUAAUUUGUCAGAAGAAUUUACAUGCAAAACAAAAUUCAUAUGAGAUGAUCUUUUACAAAACCUCCACUUUAUUUUUAAUAUCAGAGUCUAUGCCAAGUUGGCAUACGUCAAGUUGCAUAAUUGGAUUGCAUGGAUCCAGCCGCAUUACUAGAGAUGGGUAUAUUUUAAAAAUGAGACACAUUUUACUUUCUUUUGGUCAGAAAAGCAGAUCAAGACACUUGUCAACGAAGUCUCUUGCAUUUUCUAAAGCAUUCAGAACUAUUUAUUUUUGUAAAUUUUAUAGUCUUUCUACAUUUUACUAUGUUACUUCAUCAUAGUUCAAAUAUAAUGGACUUCUAGUUGGAUGUGUUUAGCACUACCUCUGAGCUGAAAUGCUUUAACUCUUUCCAGUGCUUCGUCUAAGACUGCAAAUCUUUUUGUUUCUUUUUGUUCCUUUUUUUU